AUGGGAGUGAGGAGUAGUGGGGUGAUGGGAGUGAGGAGGUGGGGUGAUGGGAGUGAGGAGGUGAGUGCGGGUGAUGGGAGUGAGGAGGUGAGUGCGGGUGAUGGGAGUGAGGAGGUGAGUGUGGGUGAUGGGGUGAGGAGUGAGGAGGUGAGUGUGGGUGAUGGGGGUGAGGAGGUGAGUGUGGAUGAUGGGAGUGAGGAGGUUAGUGCGGGUGAUGGGAGUGAGGAGGUUAGUGCGGGUGAUGGGGGUGAGGAGGUGAGUGUGGGUGAUGGGAGUGAGGAGGUGAGUGAUGGGGGUGAGGAGGUGAGGGUGAUGGGGGUGAGGAGGUGA